AUGCCCUCUAGCCCUAGAACCGUCCUUAUUACUGGCUGCUCGGCUCACGGGAUCGGAGCAGCUCUGGCCCUCGGACUCGCCCAGCAGGGUCACUUUAUCUUCGCUACGGCCCGAUCCACCGCGAAAGUCCCGAGGACCCUCGCUUCGCUGGCGAACGUACAAGUACUGCCACUGGACGUGACGGACCCUACUACGAUUGCCGCGGUUCUGCGCGCGGUAACGGAGCAUGGCCAUGGCCUCGAUAUUCUGGUCAACAAUGCCGGGACGGGUGACCUGCUCAUCAGUUCCAAGGGACGCAUUAUUAAUAUGAGCAGUGUGGGCGCUGUCGUCAAUACUCCCUGGAUUGGCGUCUAUUCUUCAUCCAAGGCCGCGGUCGCACAACUGUCCGAAACUCUUCGCCUGGAGUUAGCUCCCUUGGGGGUCAGCGUGGUCUGCCUAAUGAUAGGCACCAUCACCACCGCGUUUCAUGCCAAUGAGCCCGAGGUAGUCUUGCUGCCGACCUCACGAUAUGCAGCGGUGCGACAAACCAUCUCCGACUGGGCGACCGGUCGAGCCGGCUCCAAAGGCUGCUCCGCCGAUGAGUUCGCCGCCUCCAUUGUCGACGAUGUGCUGGGCAGGGUCGAGGACUCUGAUGAGUGGAUAUUUAGGUGA